GUUAUGAUUUGUUAUUUUCUUAGUAGUUGAAGAUUGAUGGUUUUAAGAAAAAACAGCUCAGAGCUUCUGAGUAAAAAAUAUUUAGUUUCCAACCAUAAUAAUGGCGUAGGGUAAAACAUUCUCGACCCAAAACCAAAAAGAAGGGGCAAGAUUUCCGGAAAAAAAAACAAAAACUCAAAACAUCCGUCCAAUAAAAUGCCUCCGGUUGCUCCGUUGUGGGUGGUACCCUGUUUGGGUUCGGAUCCAAACCCACCCAAUUAGUACUGCAUAUAAAACAAAAUCUCGACUGCAUAUCUGAGACAGUGCAACAGCUAAAAAAGCACAAUAGUAAAGUUUACAAAAUCGACUCCAGAGAGAGCUUUUGUGUAGAGAGCACGUGUCAAAAUCGAAAUAGACGUUUCCGAUUGGCCGGGCGGUAGUCCCCCACGAACACCUGAACACAGGUAGAGGGUGGUCAGCAAGUCUACCGAUCUUCAAAUAGUUUCAGUGUGCUCUGCACGGUUAGUAGCAUACAAGUUAAGGAUCAAUUUUAAGCUCAGAGAGCGUGUGAGCUUUUAGUUGUUAUUUUUGAACUUGGUGGAUUUUCUUUUUUAAGUUGAAUAUGUGCGCGCAGUGCCUCAGUGUAACUUUACUGUUGGAUUACUGUUUUUGAAGUGCUCGAAGAAUUCAAUUUUGAGUUUUUUUGUUUUUGUCAUUGGAUGGUUACUGAUCACGAUUGUCCUAUAAUGAAAUUCGGCAAUAGCUGUUGGCUAGCGUGGCUGGCCAUCCUAGAGUGUUGCUGUAUAGCGUCAGGCGCCGAUAGCUAUCCCAAAGAGCACAUCAAAGAAAUCGAAUCGAAUUUAUUGUCGCUUUUUGGAUUCAAAGGACGACCACAAAAGGUGGACAGAAGUAAAAUGGUUGUUCCCGAAGAGAUGAUAAGACUAUACGAGAUGCAAAGUGGAAUGAAGUUCGCCACUUCGAAUAUACCAAAAAGGGCGCCGUAUCUUACUAGUGCCAAUACGGUACGGAGUUUUGUACAUGUCGAAAGUCCUAUCGACCGACGAUUUCAAUCCUCCAACAAGUUCCGGCUAAUGUUCGAGCCAACCAUACCAAAAGAAGAAGCGUUUCAACAUGCUGAAUUGGCUCUGAAGAGGAUCUCUUUGCCGAAACACUCGAACAAAGAUCCGUAUUUGAGGAUAGUCGUCGAAGAAAUCUUGAAACCUGGCAUCAAAAGCAAACACGGCCCUAUUAAAAGAGUAAUCGAAAGCAAACACGUAGACACAACAAAGAACACAACCUUGAAGCUAGACUUAACUGAAGCUGUCCAGCGUUGGAUCAAAAACCCAAAAGACAAUCACGGAAUUAUAAUUACAAUUUUGGACAAUUCCAAACGUAAUCACGUAAGAUUAAGACGAAGUCUCAACGAUGAUGAACUAACAUGGAUGAACCAUCAACCAAUUCUCUACACCUACACAGACGACAAAAAGAAUUCUCCACCAGACAUCAAAGAACUUUCUAGAAGAGUCCAGAGAAGCAAACGCGCGGCAAGAAGAGGAGGCCGCAGAAAAGACGAUCACCAUUCAGACUGCAUGCGUCACAAAAUGUACGUAGAUUUUGAAGACGUCGGCUGGAAUGACUGGAUAGUGGCACCACCUGGAUACGACGCCUUCUACUGUCAAGGCGAAUGUCGAUUUCCUUUGGCCGAUCAUUUGAAUACUACCAAUCACGCUAUCGUUCAAACGUUGAUGAACUCGAUGUCUCCGAUGACCGUACCGAAAGCUUGCUGCGUACCGACCGAACUGAAUUCGAUAUCGAUGCUCUAUAUGGAUGUUGACAAUAAAGUGGUACUGAAAAAUUACAAAGAAAUGGUCGUGACUAGUUGUGGUUGUCGGUAGUAAAUUUUUCUUUUUUGCAAAUGGAGCAUGUGGUAAUUUUUAAUCCAAGAUUGAUCUAGUCUUUUGAUGCUCUAAGCAGCUCUUGUAGUUUCUACACAUUCUUGGGGAGUCAAAAUGAUUCAUGACAUGUAUAAAAGGAAUAAACAUCCAACAAUUUCAGUGGCUUUUCUUUAAUAAACACUUGUUACAAUACUGAGAUGACCAAAAAGUCUGGGCUUUUCAAGUUUUCCUAUAAAAUAGGAAACUGCCACAUGUUCCGUAUCAAAGAAAAAUUUAUCAGAAACAAGCGUCUGUGAUCCAAUUUGAUGGACUCGAGUGUCAAAAAAAUAAAAAAAACAAACUAUAUAUUUUUUUUUUGUGCGGACUAUCCCAGUGAUACACCCGUGAAUUAAUUUGAAUUUAACCCACUGAAUGUUUUUUUUUUAGACUUAUAUUUCUCGUCUGUGAUUGUAAUUUUUAUUAUUAUAUAUUUUUUGUUUGUUUGUACGUAAAUUGUAUGUUAGACUUUGUAUAAGUUUUUAUUGUAUUUGUAUUUGAGGGGCAACUAGUUACCCAUUUUUUUUUUUUUUUGUACAUAUAAUUAUUACUGACAGCUGUUUUACUCUAUUGCAAAAAAUAGAGUUAACCAAUUCAAAUGGCUGUCAUACACGAACAAUAUUUUUAUCCAAAAUAUUAUUUGAAGGCGCUUUCUAUUGUAUAUGGAAAACGCUAUUAUUUAUUCAAGAUGUUUGUGUGUGUUAAAUUUUUCAAAAUAUGUAAAUGUUUUAUUAUAUAAGUACCUGCAAGGAUUAUUAUUGGAAGUAUUUAUUUUAAAUAGGAAUUUUGUGCAUAUUGUACAUACAAUUUUAAAAUUGUAAAUUAUAAAACCUUUUAGCUUUUUUUGUAAAAUGUGUAAGCUGUACAAACUGUAUAUAUAAAUAUUAAAAAAAAAAGUAUUUUACUCCUAAA